UUCUAGCUUAAUCAUUAUUCAUUUAUAGCGCCAACUGCUGCAUCGAUACUUCAAAGAUAUAACAUAAGUGAGUUAUUCUAUGAAAAGAAAAAUGGAACAAAUUCUAGCUCACCAUUUUAUAACAUUACACUGUUAUGGUAUACACCUCCUUCUGUAUAUCCAAUCAAAGGAUACAAGAUUACCUACUUUCAGAGUUAUGCUCAGCCAAUGGAUGUAGAACCCUAUUCAGUAAUAUUUCAAACAGCCUAUAUACCUAAUGUUUUUCAAAAUGAAUCAUCAUACAUUUUCACUUAUUUAAAUCCUGGAAUGUUUUUUCUUUAUUAUGUUUAUGCGUUUACUGGAAUAAUAAAAUAUGAUGAUGAUAAUUUUAGAGUUUUAGUAAACAGUAAUUACGAAACUAUAAUAAUUCCAGGAAUUCCACCUGACAGUUCCACGACAACAACGCCAUCCCAAGAAAUACCUUUAACAUCUCAACAAAAUAACAAAACAGAUAUUAUCAUUGCUGCAAUCUUAGUUCCAGUAUCAGUUGCACUUAUUAUAUUUGUUGUCAUUGUUGUUGUCUUAAAACUACGAAAAAAAAAGAGAAUUAAACAUAAGUUAUGGAAUACAAGUCAUUACUCAAUGGAAGAGUACCUCGAGUUUCAAAUGAAGUCAGAUGGAUGGGAGAUAUAUUCAAAAAGUAUCACUUUGGAUAAAAAGAUUGGCGAAGGAGCAUAUGGUACUGUGUAUGUUUGCAAAAUUAGUGCAAAUAUUUUAGCUAAAACAAAGUAUGCAUGUCAAAAGUCUAGAGCUUCAUUACUAGAUCAUAAUGAAGAUGACAUUAUAAAUGUUGCCGUGAAACUUUUAAAAGAUGGUGCAAACACGUCCGAGAUGAAAGAUUUUCGUGAAGAGAUAAAUCUUAUGAAGGGCAUUGGUUUUCAUAAGAAUAUUGUAAAUAUGAUAGGUUGUUCUACAACUAACAAACCUUUGUGUUUAGUGGUUGAGUUUAUGGAAAAUGGAGAUUUAUUGCAGUUUUUGAGAAAUAGACGUAAUAAGCUUUGCAUUCCAAAAGUUGAUGGAGAUUCUGCAGGAAACUUUAUAUAUACAACAAAAUAUAAAGACUCGCUUGAGACAACAACAAGUGAGACAUCUAACAGAGGAAUCAUGCCAAAUGAUAUACCCGUGGAUGGUAAUGGAAUAAUAACUCCUGAUGAUUUGCUUAGUUUUGCAUGGCAGGUUGCAUCAGGCAUGGAAUAUCUUUCAAGUAUAAAUCUGGUACAUCGAGACCUAGCUGCAAGAAACAUUUUAGUUGGUGCUAAUAAAAACGUAAAAAUAUCUGAUUUUGGUUUAACCAGAAAAAUCAAUGCAGAACAACUUUACAUGAGCAGUCAAACUCGGCGCUUACCAAUCAAGUGGAUGUCAAUUGAAGCUAUAUUUGACCAAACAUUCACACCUCAGAGUGAUGUGUGGGCGUAUGGUAUUGUCUUAUUUGAAAUAGUUACAUUGGGAGGUACACCUUAUCCAACUAUUAGCAAUCGUGAACUUCUGUCUCUUUUAAAGACUGGUUAUAGAAUGGAUCAACCAGAAAAUUGUUCUGAACAAAUGUAUGACAUCAUGUUGCACUGUUGGAAUGAUGAUCCCUUGCAGCGACCUUCUUUUACAGAUUUAAGUGAACAUCUUGAAGAAAUAAUAUCGCGAGGUGAUCGUUAUUUCACCUUUGAUAUUGACAAUGAAAAUACUUAUUACAAUGUUGCCUCUUUCAAUAGUCUUCCCUCAGAAACAGAUGAUGAUAUUUUCGAAAAAGAAAUAUUCCAAAAGCCUAUCCAAACCAAAUCGAUUGAAGAAACUAAAAAAAAAUUUAAUGAGUCAACUUUACCUGUUACAGAAAGGUAUACAGAUCCGGAAUGUUUAAAAUCAGCCUAUAGUUCUAAUUUUGCAUCAGGAUUUAACAAUUUAGCAUAUAAUGAAAUAUAACUGAAUUUUCUUAUAAAGUAUAGCCAGUGUUUGUGUGAUUUACUUUAAAGUGGUUAAAUUUUUUUUUUUAUAACAAUAUGUUUAAAAAGCAUCUCUUUCGCCCAACAAAAAUAUA